AUGGCAGACAGUACCAAUAGUUCGAAAAUAUAUGAUGUUAAAUCUACCUGUACAUCGCCUGCAUCGAUGGAGUCGCUGCAUAAAGAUACGGAUGAUUCGUGGGAGUCCCCCGUACCCAUGGCGAUGUCGCACUCUGUGGAAAGGAGUUCAAGCAGGGGAGAUGUGUCCAUAUAUCUAGAUAACGCAGAUGAAUCGUAUGUAGAAUCGGUGCUGAAAGAAUGUCAAGCCGUCACGCGAGGCAUGCUGCGCAACCUCGUCAUAGCUGCUCUCAUAUUAGUCGCCGUGCUCUUGUUACAGGCUCUAUGCAUGUGGAACAGCGAUCGUAUAUACGCAGCGUACUCAAAUGUCGACGUAUCAAAACUCGCCCAAGAGGGAAGAAAUCUAGAAUGGAAUAUGUCCAAGCUAUACGACCAUUUACAGGUCGUUUUCGCCUCGUGGUACGGUGACUCAAGGAUAUCGAUUAGAUAUGCCGAUGCGCUGAUUGCCACAAUAUUCGUGGUUGUUGGGACUAAAGUUGUACUUUGCUCCCCGGUCAUAUAUGCCUGCCAGAUGGUGAUACGAUAUCUCAUAGUCAUGUCGCAGGUUUACUUCGUAAGAGGUAUCUUCAUCCUCGCUACGGUCGUACCUGCGUCAAUCCCACACUGCCGGACAUUUGACAUCCAAGACAGCUUCGCAAAACAAUACUUGCACGUGAUCAUGGGAUACUUCUCGGUAGUAGACACGUGCACGGAUAUGAUCAUAUCGGGUCACACAGCAGGCAGCACCAGUGUCGUACUGAUGUUUGUCUUACACAACCGCACGUGGUAUCUCAACACAAUCGUUAUCGUCGCGGCGGUGAUUGUGUAUAUGCUCCUCGUACUAACAAGGUCACACUACACUAUCGAUGUGCUUUUCGGUCUGCUACUUGCCUUUCAGAUUUAUUCACAACAUCUGCGCAUGGUAUCCCGGGUCGGCAGGAGCACGUUCAAGGGGUUGCAACUAGGGACAUCAUUUUUUUCCAGUAUUUGCAAGGCUGUGUCACGCUUAGAAAUGGUGGAGGAACGCGUUCACCUCUUCGUACGCCUACAGCAACUCAAAGAAGUGACAAUAAACAAGGACGUGGCACAGGCAGAAAAACUGGACGUAUACUACAAUAUUUUUGGCGUGGACGAUGAUAUACAGGCACGGUGUGUCUACAAAGGCUAUGAUGAGUGGACUUUGGCGACUUUACAACUCAUCUCGCGGGCCUCUAGGAAGGUCUUGGGAAGGCUAGGGGCGAAAGUCCAUAAAACCAGCGAACAGCAGUGUGUAGACGAUACACCAACAACUGCCAAUGAUACCGCUUAUAAACAGGAUAUCAUCACGCUGUUCCCAUUAGACAGUCAAACAAGUAAUGGGUUUUCGAGCUUGCGUAUUAUCGAUAUUGCGCGCAACAUCGCGCCGGGUGGAGCUGCUGGAUUCGCUCCGGAUGAUGCCUUGUACGUUCGGUCAUGCCACCUUGAUAAGAGGAAGCUAAUCAAGUCGGCUACGCUACUCGAAAGGGGUGAGGAGUUCGCAGUCAGGACUACGGGAUACCAACUUGGACACCCACCUCUUUACCUGCGGUUCUAUAAAAAAAAUGAUGCCGCAGAUGCAGGGACCCAGCAGGCUGGGCACCUACUUGGACAGCCCAUCGAUGAGAUAUUCAACAACAUGAUCGAACGCCAAGACCAUGCUCCCGCAAGACGGGGACAGCGAACACUGAUAAUGGCACGUAAACGCAAGCGACAAUCGACAGAGUCGAACUCAGGCGAAAGCUGGCUCAACAAAUACCACCCCCGGUACUUCUCUGAUCUGCUCACGGAAGAGUCUGUCAACGUCGAGGUGCUGGAAUGGUUGGCAUCGUGGAAGUGUAGCAAGUUGUAUUCCAGAGGCAAAACGAGACAGUUUUCAUAUCGGCAGGAGAGAACUGUGAAGCCGACGUAUAGUCACAAUGGCACACCAGAUAAACGUCUGAACGAUGAAAAGCAUCAUAAAAUUAUGUUAUUAGGUGGUCCCCCAGGGGUAGGCAAGUCGACUGUCGUGAACGUGCUGGCAAGGCACUGUGGCUUCGAUGUUGUUGAAAUCAAUGCCAGUGACGAUAGGACCAAAGAUAAAGUGCUUCCAACCAUUAAAGGGGUGAUUACGGCAAAUUCUAUCAGCAAAAAUAAGCCGAAUCUAUGCCUGCUUGAGGAAGUUGAUGGACUGCACGCCGCCGAAGGUCAGAUUAUGGGAGUCCUUAAAGACUUUAACCAGAAGAAUCUGAUCAAACGACCAAUAAUCUGCAUCUGUAACGACCUAUAUGAUAAAAAUCUCAGGGAACUGAGGCAAAUUGCUAAGGUCGUAGUAGUAGACACUUGCGACACCGAAGCCCUUAGACACCGACUUACAAAUAUCGCCGAAGUCGAGGGCUACAAAAUUGACGAUCAACUCGUAGAUGACCUGAUAAAGCUACAUCAUGGCGAUAUCAGAAGUUGUAUUACGGCUCUGGAGUUCAUUGUAAAAAAUCCUGAUCUCGCCGAAAAUCUUGAUGUAUUUGCCAAGGACAGGAGCCAAGACAUGAUAACAUUCCUACGCCAUCUUUUCAGCCCGUCCACUUCGCCACAGACGCUAAGGAAAAACUCAGACGCACUGGCUGCUGCAGUUGGCAGCCAGACGCUAUCCCACUUAGUUAUCGAAAAUGUGGUCAAGAUAGGUACCAGAAGCCUGUUUAACGCUGUCGCGCUUUACGAUAUCAUGGCGCAAGGUGAUGUCAUGCAUAAUGCCUGGUGGAUGCAAGUACCUCUCACAUUCGUCAAGCUCAUGCAACUCAAAUCUGCCUUCAAAUUUAUCCUACCGGCGUCGCUACAUAGUCAUACCUAUGGCCAAAAAAUGACGAAAAACGCAGGCAUGAUCAAGGUCAUAAGAAGACACUCUGUGGUUGCAUCAAACACUCUAUCCACCGGUUUGAGUGUUCAAGUAGUACCUGCGCUGUGUAACAUCAUCGCUGGGGUGUCAGACGGGUCCAUUAGUUGGCUGAACAUAGCCAGAAACAUCAAGGAACUUGACGUAUUGUGGGAGGCGUUUGCACCUUUUAAAGCUGAGGCUCUCACCAGGUUCAUCAAAGUGGCCAUUAUGCUUAAGGUUUACGGUAUCACUAUUCUAGAGAUCCAUGGUGACCUGGAGCUAGACCCUCCAGUGUUAGGGCUUUCGGGGGUCAAUUACACCGUAGGACGGGAACACCUGAAAAUCUUGCAGCAAAUACAGAACAUGAGGGAUGCGGCGGCGCAGAGCAACAGGCCUAAGAACUUGCAGGGAUACCUGCAGGAAAUCAACAACUUAGGAUAUGUCACAUUCGUACGAAAGUAUGGGAAUCAUGGUGCCCAACCUACCGAGAAACACGUGAAACGCCUCUGUCAUAAACGUGGAGACCGAGUACCCCCGAUAACGUUCAAUCAAUUGGUCAGGGAAGAAUACCAACGCCUUGUUCAAUUGGUGGGAGAGGAAGGUAUUGACGCAGGCGCCAAGACGUGUGGCAUAUACAAAUACCAUGGAGAGAGGUGUAAUGCCGUAAGGUAUAUCAUAAACGAUAUAUAA